ACGUCAUCAUGCUGCGAAGGCGGAAACGGAAACAACUAUUUGGCAAAGUGUUUGCAUAUUUUCUGCAGUGAGCAACAACGUGAAUUAAUUCAUUUAUUUACCCCCUAAAAUGGCUCUUGAAUCAAGAAUCACACAAGAAGAGAUUCGAAAAAUACCAGAAAAGCCUAUCGACCGGGAAAAGGUAGCUAUAAGCACUUUAUCUUCGCUUGGUUUGUGAGACGGCAAUUAGCUAACGUAGCUAGCAUUAACGAGUCUGUGUUAGCUAGCAAACGUAGCUGCACUGCUUGAACUGUGCAAGUGACUCCCACUUCAAACUAAACUAAUUGGUUGUAGUUCUGUAAGCGGCUAUACGGGCAUUUAAUAUUUUUCCUGCUACCACAUUUUCUAGAAGACUAGCUACGAGCCUGGCUAACCAGUUAGCUAACUGUUUGUGUGUCCAUAGACUUGUCCUCUUCUGCUGCGGGUAUUUACGACCAACAGUGGCAGGCAUCACAGAGUGGACGAAUUCGCACGAGGACAAGUCCCUUCAAGUGAGCUGCAAAUCUACACAUGGUAAGAAGAUAUAAGUGGUUGCCUAGGGUCAUGUGAUAGCCAGUGCUCGACUUGGACUGAAAUAGGUGCCGGUACUCAUUUUGGGUGCCGGUUCUGUUUAUAUUAUAUUUAGGCGCAGGAGCUCCACAAUACUUUUGCGCUAUUCUAGAAGAAGUGCACGAACUCAAGGAGUAAAAAAAUUAGGUGCCGGCACUCUGCUCUGGUGAGCGCCUGCCCAAGUCGAGCACUGGUGAUUGUGUUGUGUGUAUUAUGCAGGGUACCAUGGCUACAUAGUUUUGAGUAUUGUGGUGAUAUAUGAUGUUGUGUUAUUCGCCUGAAGGAUGGAUGCCUCACUAAAGGAGCUGACCAGCCUGGUGAAGGAGGUGUACCCUGAAGCUCGGAAGAAAGGAACACACUUUGGUUUCGCCAUCGUUUAUCCCGAGCCCAAAAGAAAUGGCUACAGGUUAGUAUACUACACUACAGUCCUAGCUUAAAGGUAGAGUCAGCGAUAUGAUGUAGAUGCAGAAAGUAAACAGCAUAGUGGGCCAAUUUCAGCAACAACUAAGCGCGAGUCUCAACUUCUCUGUUUUGGUCCCAUGGCUACCACGCUGUAACAGCUUGAAGCGAACCCAUUCACAUGCGCAGAUACUGUGUGUGACUGUGUGAGAGCGAAGUCUUGCAUCUCGCUCAUUGAGUCUACCUUAAGGGCAACUGGGCUGUUGUAGAUCCAAGUCAAGCCAUGUUCUAUAAUCUUGGACACAGGGUGUGCAUGGUUUUGUUCCAGUCCAGUACUAACACACCUGGGUUUCUGUUAGGAAAAUGUGGCGCUGGACUACGUGAGCGGGAAGAUUUGAAUUUACCGGACCCAUAUGCGUUGGGUGCAUAACCAUUAGGGGGUCCACCCACAGUGUUCAGGAUGACAGAAAUCACAUUUAGAUUAUGGUAAUGCAUUUUAACAGAUUCCCCAUUAUAUACAGUGCAUUCGGAAAGUAUUCAGACCCCUUGACUUUUUCCACAUUUUGUUACGUUACAGCCUUAUUUUAAAAUUGAUUGAAUCGUUUUUUCCCCCUCUUCAAUCUACACACAAUACCCCAUAAUGAUAAAAACAGGUUUUUAGAAUUGUUUCUUCUUUUUUUUUUUACCCCUUUUUCUCCCCAAUUUUGUGAUAUCCAAUUGGUAGUUACAGUCUUGUCCCAUUGCUGCAACUCCCGUACGGACUUGGGAGAGGCGAAGGUCGAGAGCCAUGCGACCUCCGAAACACGACCCUGCCAAGCCGCACUGCUUCUUGACACACUGCUCGCUUAAUCAGGUUCUUGGUCACCUCCCUGACCAAAGGCCCUUCUCCCCCGAUUGCUCAGUGUGGCCAGCUCUAGGAAAAGUCUUGGUGGUUCCAAACUUCUUCCAUUUAAGAAUGAUGGAGGCCACUGUGUUCUUGGGGACCUUCAAUGCUGCAGAAAUGUUUUGGUACCCUUCCCCAGAUCUGUGCCUCGACACAUUCCUGUCUCGGAGCUCUACGGACAAUUCCUUAGACCUCAUGACUUGGUUUUUGAUCUGACAUGCACUGUCAACUGUGGGACCUUAUAUAGACAUAUAUAUAUAUAUAUAUAUAUAUAUAUAUAUAUAUAUAGGUAUAUGUGUGCCAUUCCAAAUCAUGUCCAAUCAAUUGCAUUUAUAACAGGUGGACUCCAAUCAAGUUGUAGAAACAUCUCAAGGAUGAUCAAUAGGAACAGGAUGCACCUGAGCUCAAUUUCACGUCUCAUAGCAAAGGGUCUGAAUACUUAUGUAAAUAAGGUAUUUCUGUUUUUUAUUUUUAAUAAAUUAGCAAACAUUUCUAAACCAGUUUUUGCUUUGUCAUUAUGGGUUAUUGUGUGUAGAUUGAUGAGGAAAACAAUGAAUUAAUCCAUUUUAGAAUAAGGCUAACGUAACAAAAUGUGGAAAAUGUCAAGGCGUCUGAAUACUUUCCGAAUGCACUGUAGUUGUUGCGGAAGUCGGCCUGACGUAGCUGUUUGUUUUGUGCGUUGCUGACUCUAUCUUUAAUCAAGAGCUUGGUGGGAAGUGGAUUAGUUGAAUCGGCUGUGUUAGUGUUAGCCUUUCAAAAGUAUUUAAACAUGGCCUCAGUUGUUUGAUUGGAUGAUGUCAUUAUGAAAGCACUGUUGUCUCACCCCCGGUCUCUAUGGUUACAGAGUGAAAGACAUCGGCAACACUGUGUCAGGCAGAAAGGGGGAAAAUGACUCCAUGACGCUACAGUCCCAACGUUUCCAGAUAGGAGACUACCUGGACAUAGCCAUCACACCACCCAACAGAGCUCCGCCGCUAAACCCACGCAUGGGCAUGGGGAGGCCCUUCUGAACACACACACACCUGAACAUAACCAUCAUGCCACAAAACCCAAACCCGCCUCUAAACUUACAUAAAGCCAUUCUGAUCACACUGACUCAGACUCUUACCGGCACUCCGGAGACUACCGUGACUUUCCAUAUGGCUAUCCUUCAUAUUUGACUGUCCCCCACAUACAUGCUUUUUGGGGGGGGAUUUUUAUCUUCUGUUCAUAUUUAUCAGACAACAUAUAUGUAACUCUUUUACCCUCUUGUCUCCCAUCUUGGAUAAUGUGAAAUAAAGUUGCCUUCUUACAAUAAAACA